UUCUCAGAAGUUGCUUCGAAUUUAAAAUCCGUUCUGCAACCUCUGCUUGACUACUAGCAUCUAUUACUCACAGCUCUCAUUUCUUGUUUACUGCGGUCCAAAAACCUGUCGAUCUGCCCGUGAGGCAAGCUUGAAUCGAUAAACUUGUUCGAAUAGCAUCUGCCCAUCCAUGGUAGGACUCACGCUGUACGACGUCCUUGCGAUUCCAACUACCGCUUCUACGGAUGAUGUGAGGAGGGCAUACAAACAGAAGGCUCUUGAAACGCACCCUGACAAACUCGAACCUACCGUGUCGGAGCAAGAGCGCCGGGCUGCAGAGGGAAGGUUCAGAAAUGUAUGCGAGGCAUUUGAGGUGCUCAGUGAUCUAGUGAAAAGGAAGGCCUACGACGACCGUAUUCAGCUUGCUCAGAAGAACAAGAAACACUGGGAUGAGCAGCACGACAAGCGAGUCAAGACGCGCGAAGAGUGGGCGCGUCAAGUCAAGGAACGCAGCGAGGCUCGUAUGAAAGAACGUGCAGAUUUCUACGAAAACCUCAAGCGUAUAAAAGAGGAAAAGCAGCGAUACGUGGAAAUGGUUGAGCUAUUCUAUCAAGAACUGCGCGACUGCCACCCAGAGUGGGAAUCUAGGAGGCAGGCUGCGCUACAGUGGAAAGAAAUGGCGGACAAAGGCCAAAUACCACGACGACAGACGACUCGCAUUUAGCGAGGCGAACUCAAACGGAUAGUUUGUUCAUUUCAGAGGGUAUUUUGCUUUAUUUAUUUCCCAGCGCUGGAGUUUUUAUUCGCGAUACUGUUGUACUUCUAUGCUUCGCUUCCUUCUGCGAUUCCUUGUU